AUGGAAUUCAAAGCCGGAGUAUCCGACUCAAACGACGUCGUUAGCAACAGCAAUUGCUACAGCAACUCCAACAGCAGCACCAUCUCCUGUAUAGCAUUAUCCCACUACCCUUCGCCUCCCGAUAUCUCGGCCCUCACCCUCCUCUCGGAUAACCUCGAAUCAAUCCUCGACUCGGCCGAUUUUGACUUCUUCGCCGACGCCAAAAUCGUCGUCAAUACCGGCCGAGAAGUUCCGGUUCACCGCUGUAUUUUAUCGGCGAGGAGCUCGUUUUUCAAGAACGUGUUUUCUGCCAAAGACAUAGGAUCAGGCUCAGCCGUUCGCUUCGAAUUGAAGGAACUCGCCAAGGAAUACGACGUCGGAUUGGACUCCCUCCUCGCCGUUUUGGGUUAUUUGUAUAGCGGCAAGCUCAGGUCGUUUCCUAAAGGCGUUUGUGUCUGUGUGGAUGACGCUUGUGCCCAUGUCUCUUGUAGACCCGUCGUUGAUUUCAUUGUGGAGGUUCUCUAUGCUUCUGCAACUUUUCAAAUCUCUGAAUUGGUCUCUCUUUAUCAGAGGCAUCUGCUAGAUAUUCUUGAGAAAGUUUGCAUAGAUGACAUCCUGGUGGUUCUGUAUGUUGCAAACAUGUGCGGCGAAGCGUGUGGGAGAUUGGUGGGGAGGUGUGUUGAGAUAAUAGUUAAGUCUGAUGCUGAUGUUGUAACUCUUGAGAAAUCCCUGCCCCAACACACCGUGAAGCUGAUCACCGAUUCGCGGUUGGCACUUGGCUUGGACAGGCCUCAAUGCAACACCAGUGUUAGUCAUUUUCCAGAUAAACACACCAAGAGGAUACACAGGGCUUUGGAUUCAGAUGAUUUCGAAUUGGUACGAAUGCUGUUGAAAGAGGCGCAUGCCAAUCUUGAUGAUGCCUAUGCCCUGCACUAUGCUGUGGCAUACUGUGAUGCAAAGACCACGACAGAGUUGCUUGAUCUUGGACUUGCUGACGUUAAUUGCAGGAAUCCGAGGGGGUAUACUGUGCUGCACGUUGCAGCGAUGAGGAAGGAGCCUAAGAUCAUUGUGUCCCUUCUCACAAAGGGUGCUCGCCCAUCAGAUCUUACGUUGGAUGGGAGAAAAGCUGUUCAGAUCACUAAGCGCCUCACAAGGGCUGCAGAUUUUUUUAAGUCUAAUGAUGAGGGCAAGUCUUCUUCCAAUGAUCGCUUGUGCAUAGAGAUUUUGGAGCAAGCUGAAAGAAGGGAUCCGUUGCUUGGAGAGGCUUCUCUUUCACUUGCUAUGGCUGGCGAUGAUCUGCGUAUGAAACUCUUGUACCUUGAGAAUAGAGUUGGACUCGCAAAAUAUCUGUUCCCCAUGGAAGCAAAGGUUGUAAUGGAUAUUUCCCAAAUUGAUGGCGCUUCUGAGUUUCCAGUAGGUGGCAUCAGCUCCAAGGAUCUGGCCAGUUCCCAGAGAACCGCUGUGGACUUAAACGAGGCACCCUUCAAAAUCAAGGACGAGCACCUUCUCAGGCUACAAGCUCUAUCUCGAACUGUGGAACUUGGGAAACGCUUCUUUCCUCGUUGCUCAGAAGUACUGAAUAAAAUCAUGGAUGGUGAUGACAUAUCACAGCUUGCAUACACCGGGGACGAUACUCCAGAGUUACGGCUCUCGAAGCAACGAAGGUACAUGGAGCUCCAAGAAGUGCUAAGCAAGGCAUUCAACGAGGACAAAGAGGAGUUUGAUCGGUCUGCAGUGUCUUCUUCUUCUUCCUCAACGUCAAUAGGAGUAGUGAGGUCUAAUGGAAAGCUCACCCUCAAUCAAUAA